AUGGAGGUGACAGACGAUGUGGCGUGGAAGACUCAGGGGGUGCUGCGCAUGGGCAGGGAGUCGGCCAGCUUCAUCAGCAGCUUCGCGGGGAGGCACACCUACAACACGACAUGUGCCCGGCAGCUUCUGCAUAGCUACGGAGACCUCAAAAUCAAGGUCCACGUGACAACGUCAUGUGGGGCCUAG